AUGGAUUUAUUUGGUCCUGCGAAUAAGCCAGAGAUUAGAAUUCAAGAACUAACCGGGGAACGUAUUAGAGAUGACUUACAAAAUUUUAAUCUUUCAUUUAAAUUUAGCAUGGCAAACGCCCUGAGACGUAUAAUGAUAUCCGAAGUUGCAACAAUAGCUAUUGAUAUGGUCCAAUUCGAUCUCAAUACGUCUGUUUUGGCUGAUGAAUUUAUUGCCCAUAGAUUAGGAUUAAUACCAUUAGAUAGUACUGAGGCUGAUAAAAUUAAAUAUCCUCGGGAUUGUAAUUGUAGUGGAGCAUGUAAAGAAUGUAGUGUGGAAUUGAACCUACAUGUUAAAUGUACCGAAGAAGAUACUACAAAGGAUGUGACUAGCAAAGAUCUUGUUAGCCAUGAUCCGCGUUUUACACCGAUUGCGGAGGGCCCAAAAGAUGCGGGUAUUCUAAUUGCAAAACUUCGUAAAGGACAAGAAAUUAAAGUUAAAUGCAUUGCCAAAAAGGGAGUGGCAAAGGAACAUGCUAAAUGGAGCCCAUGUGCUGCAGUUGCUUUUGAAUAUGAUCCUUUUAAUAAGCUUAGACACACUCAUUAUUGGAAAGAGGAGGAGGAAAAAAAGGAAUGGCCACCAAGUAAAAAUGCUGGAGAUGAUUUUCCUCCUUUGGAUGACGAAAUUUUUGAUUUUACUGCAAAACCAAAUAGGUUUUAUUUUGAAAUUGAGACAAUUGGUUCUAUGAAACCUGAAGAUAUUGUUAUGAAUGCAUUCAAAAAAUUAUUAGAAAAAAUUUCAUCAAUUCAAAUGGGCUUACAUGCUAAUGACGUUCCUAUUAAUGGUAGAGAACCUGCUAGAGAUGUUUUUUAG